UUCGCCUUUUCAGUCGGUGCUCGCCUGUAUUGGACCUCCUCUUUGCCUGUUUUCCUUUCUCAGCACAGUGGCAGCGACGGUGCCCCUGACCCUUCAGGAGUAGACAUUGGAUAGCUCUCUCCAUGGAUCUGCAGGACUUUAUUCUUCGGGCUCGAGUCUUGAAACUUUACAGGCAAGCUUUGAGAAGUGCUCGGCGAGCCCCCUCUUCUGCUAGAACUGAAUUGAGACAGACAAUUAGACAAGAGGUGGAAAAUAAUAGAAACUGCACGGACAAGCAAAGGAUCCGUUAUUUGGUUAGUGAUGGAUUGGAAAGAUUGAAACGACUGGAUGAAAUGCUUGACAUGCAAGGUCACAGCUGAUGGAUUGGUACGUAAGAGCAAAUCUCCCCAACAGAGCUAUCUUACUCUCAUGUCCGUUGACAUGCAUAGCAUUUCCAGGUAGCAAGGGAACAGAAAUAGAAGAAAAGAAAAGGGAGACAAGCAGAUUGAUUUCUUGUAUCCAUGACAGUUACUAUUUCUGUUUAGCUUGUGUGCCGCUCACAGUUUAUUGCUUGUUAUUUUAAUGCUUAUUGCCCCAUUAUUUCAGUACUUUGAGUUCAGUUGCCCUGAAGAAUUUAAUCAACAAGGAUACGGAAACCUGAAAGAGGAGGUAGAUGGACUACUCGGGCUAGAAUCAGGUUACUUUGGAUAUGUUUUGAAUAUAAAAUUGUGACUUGGUAUAUUCCAUGUUUCCCACCAUUUUUUGUAUGUCCGGACCAAAUUG